ACUGAUAUUUGCUACUCACGCCGGGGUCUUGACUUCUUAUUUGGCAUAUAGAUGAACCGGCUGUGUGGUAGCGAGAUUAGCUGCGCGGUUUGGUCGGCACAAGAUACGGAUAUAUUUCCAACCCCCGACGUCAGUCUUCAGCUAUUUGCAAACGUGAAUAGUGUUUUAAUGCCUGUACGAGCAAUAUAACACCUCUCUCACGCUCGACAUAGAUGAGACGGCCUAGUGGAGGAACGCAUCAGAGCUAGAUCGUUAUCGAAUCGUCUCCGUUACGGCGAUUUCACCGCACCAGACUUCAAAGCAUGCUUUGGGGCCUUUUUCUACAGAGAUUUAUCAUAUAUUGAGAGAGAGCAACGAAUAUCCUUUAUAGGUCCCCUCUCACGAUAUCGAAAUCGAAUCCGAUGCCCGAGGAAAUAAGCACCGAUUCACGUACAACAGAAUAUGUCUGGGACAGUCACAGCCGAUUCAUCGGAUCUCUGGAGCUCAUGUGGUCCGUCGAUUCUGCCGCGGGAAUCCUUAUGCCUGUCGAGUGACCAGCCUGACAUUGCUGUCCACAGUGGAGAUUCCAAUUUCGCCGAUUCAGUUGUCAAGUACUUCGACGUAGCACAGAGCAACGCUGUGGAGCAGUUGGUAGCGCUCAAGGAUGGGUUGAGGACGGUGGAGACGAAGAUAUUCUGGCAGCGCUUGAUGGAAGGUGUGACAUCCAUCUGCGGCGCCCAAUAUGGAUUUGUGGCAAAGGCCACCGCAACAGAUGGGGGAUGGGGUGGCCAAAAGACAAACGGUCGAUCGUUUCCCUUGGGAGUAGCCUACUCCCGGCGUGAAGAUGGUCACCAUAUUGAAGAAAUGUCUCGGGAUCAUAGGUAUCUUGCCUGUAGCACUCUUCGUGCUCACAUGAAUCAUGCCAAGGUGUUCCUAAUACCAGAAAAACUUGGCUCUUUCUUGCAGAGUGAGGCAGAUCAGCUGCCUUUUCCUGCAGAGGCUUAUUUGGGCGUGCCGCUAUUCUUGGAGGGACAUUGUAUCGCCUAUUUCGGCCUCCUCUGGUCAAAAGACGGUCUUCAAAGGAGGAAUCUGCCAUGGUCUUACUUGGAAUUGAUUCUUCAUUCGUUAGAAGAGAUGAUAAUUCCACGAGUGCUGGCUGGCGAAAAAUUUGACGAGACAGUGACGCCAAAUAGCAUCGAAGCCGUCUCCACGGAGAACCCCCAUAACGACUCUUGCCAAGCCGUCAGUAACUCAGCAGCACCAUUCUCAUUUCAGCCCCUUAAGCCCUAUGCUAGGAGUUUAUCUCAUGAACUGCGAACACCAAUGCAGGGAGUUGUGGGUAUGCUCGAUGUUAUGCAUGCUACCGUCCGGGAAGCUCUGGACAAUCAGCCUAACGCAGAAACGUUCCGUCUGUUCCAAAGUCUGAAAGAGAACAUCGAGGCUGUACAAGAUAGCGCGAGGCGAGCUGUUGAGGCCGCAGACAAUGUCGUCCACGCCUAUGAUCUUAACAUGGAAGUUCCUAAGACGCCUUCGAAGGAGGUGCAGGAGGAAAUCUUGGGCGAUGUCUCCAUUCCACCUGCAAAUGUGCAUGAUAGCCGUCCGAGCAUUUUCAUUGAAGGAAAUAACAUCGCCGUUAAUCCGUUCAAACGACGGAGGAGCAAUGCAGUUGACUGGGGCUAUGCCCCAAGCUCGAAACGGAGGUCGCGUCUCGUGGCCCGGGAACUGUCUCCACGGACCGAAGAGGUCAAACAUGCGGUCCUCGAAAGUGAUCAGAUCGUGUAUUCGGCUCCGGAACAUCAUAUGGAGGAGGUUGUUGCCAAUGCUGUCAAGCAGACACCCUCCCUUGCCGCUCGAAGGUCUGCUUCUCACAUCAUUCUCGAAGGUCCUAGCUUGAUGGGGCCGGUCUUCAGACACACAAAAAUCCGUGAUCUGCUUCGUUUGGUUAUCAAUGAAUCGCUUAACGUUGGCGACCGCCCGGACUCAGCGGUGGGAGAAGCCACCGCGUUCGGAGAGCGGAUAGAGGUACGCUCACGUUCAUCCAACGGAGAGGUUUCAUCGAAGAUAAUAGAGUGGCUCGUCGACUCUACGGUUCCCGAGACCGUCUUCGUUGAUGACCGGGAUUUGGCUAAGCUAAUAUCAUGUGUUUUUCUAAACGCUGUCAAGUUCACUGAACGCGGGGAGGUCACAGUUUCAGUCACGUUGAACAGAAAGUCUCACUCCAUUUUGAUCUCUGUUAAGGACACAGGUACCGGAAUACCUGCCGCGUUCUUGCCAAAUCUCUUCAAGCCUUUCUCUCGUGAGGAUGACUCAACUACACGCAGUAAAGAAGGCCUCGGUUUAGGGCUCCUGGUGGCUAAGGGCCUGUCAAGGAAGAUGGGAGGUGACUUAACUUGCGUACGAUCAUCCACGUCAGGGCCUGCUCAUGGCUCGGAAUUCGAAAUCAGAGUGCCCAUCAGUCCGGUUGAUGCGCUCAGAAGACCUCUCACGCCUAUGGAUAGACCGCGAAGUGUCUCGCAAAUCAGCCUCGUUGAAAACGGUCACGAUUCCGAUGUUAGUUCUGAAACGAGACCUGACAGCAGAGGUCGAGACACUAACCCUCCAGGCGGCUCUUCUCCCCCCGGCACUAACGGCUCUCAACAACUUUCUCCAGAAUCAAUGGACGCUGGUAACUGUCCCUCACCAUGUGGAGUUUUUGCGACCCCGAAGAGCGCCCGUGUGCCUAUUGGGCGUCACACUCAUGACCAUACACUUGCUGAAAAGUACCCUCUCACAUUUCUGGUAGCGGAGGACAACAAAAUAAACCGGCGCGUACUGGUAAAUAUGCUUGGUAAACUCGGCUAUCACGAUGUUUACGAGGCUUUCGACGGAAAGGAAGCAGUCCGUAUCAUGGACGACAUCCUACUAUCACACUACCCCUCGCCUGCACCUGCCACUCCUCCAACAGAGGAUCACGAGCACCAAAGUUCAAACAAUAUGCCAUCGCAAGGGCGCUCACCAGCUAAGAAGCUUGUGGAUGUGGUUCUGAUGGAUCUAUGGAUGCCAGAGAUGGACGGAUACGAGGCUACAAGCCGUAUAUUCGAGCUCGUGGAUAAACAUACUCCCCAUAUUAAGCCACAUUCACGGAAGAAGUUGCAGCCGCCGUCUUCAUUCUCUCUGGGGCCUAUGGACGAUUCUAUCCCAUCACCAGCGUCGUCGCCGCUUUCUCCCACCGUUCUAGCAGUAAGUGCAGACGUGACCGAUGAAGCGUUGGGCCGUGCUUGUAAGGUUGGAAUGGAAGGUUACAUGACGAAGCCAUACAAGCUGUCAGAUCUGGAACGGUUGAUUUUGGAGUUCUGCGGCGGCAAGGCCAAUUCGACAUGAUGUCUCGCGAAAAAGUGAUCACCGCUGCUGGAAGCGUUUUCUUAUGACGAGUACGUAUUCUCUUACCUACUAUUGCCUUCUUCUUGUGAUUCUCGUCAAUGGCAGGACCAGAACGGCAUUAUUUAUUACUGUUGUAAUUAUAUGAAGUUGAUAUGGCGUGACGAUUUACGGCUAUAUAAGGUACAGAAGGAAAUGGUGUUCAAAACGGCCGCUCGGGUAGGCCUGGGUAUCUCAUGUGCAUAACUCUACCCGCUAAUAAGGCGUG